GGCGGAGGAGUUUCCUCGCAUCCGGAAUGAUUCGGUUCAAGGCAAUUUGAUCGAAGAAGCGACCGAAAGGCGGGUGCAAAAGCGUUGAUGCUCGCACGUGGGGAGGGGGACAAGGAUCCCUACGUAUAUAUGGCGGUGACGUUCGCCACUCGGACUUAAUAGUUUACACACAACGAACCAGAGAACCUUUUGACGAUCUCUCUUUCUCUUUCUCUCUCUCUCUCUCUCUCUCCCGUUUGAGUUUGCCCGCUUCGAAGACGACGAGAAACGAAAGCCUUCCUCUCUUCGGCCCGCGCAAGAGAUUUCGCUCGUCCUCGUGUGAAACGGAAAGAACAUAAACACCGGCGCUGAAAAUGGGAUACCCGUGGCCGAUGGCGACCAGCAUCAUUCUCCUCCUCGUGGCACUCGCGCUACCGAGACUCAUCUGCGGACGUCCUGCGGCGACCGACGAUGGCGGGUCGCUCUUGAGCAUGCUGAAGUCACAUGUCUCAAAGUCAGAAGAUUUCUCAGACCCUGAAGUGAUCUCGCCGCUCGUCGCGCAGGAAGCUCUAUCGAUUCCGGCCAAAUCACGACAACGACGACUGUCGGAUCAGAGGCGAGCCGAGCUGGAGACGCUGGUGACUUUGUCGAAAAUCAAUGGCAAGCGGUCGCUAAACGCGACGCGAGGACAACUGGAUCCAGUGAGAAUUGGCCGACGAAAACGUUUCACGGUGGACCAGGCUGCUACCGAAUUGGUAUCAAUCAAAGCGAAACACAUUGGGGAUCCUGCGUAUCCGCUAAUUAGCUGAAUUGACCGUCCGGUAGCAUCCGACAAAUGAAAGAGUGCACUUAUCACGAGGGAUGAGCCUGACACUAAAAGGAUCACACUCAUUGACACAUUCCAUUGCUUCGCGGGAUGAGCAGUUAGGAGUUAACGAAAUCAUGAAAUACGAAGAUUAUAUCAUACCACAGCAUGGUGACGGAAGAUGCGAAAUGCACGAAGAAUCCUAUAAACUCUUUAGAUUAAAACCUCAAUGAAAAUUUUUCUUUGAAUUCUUCAAAUAACUUUUUAAAAUGUAUAUUUUUUGUUAAAACUUUUAAAUCUCAGAUUUUUUCUUUUAUACAAAUGUAAUACUUUUUAGAAGGGUUAAGAAAAUCUGUAGAUUUUCUCUCUCUUUAGAAUUAGAGUAUUUUUUCAGAAAUCUUUGAAUUUAAAAUAUGAAGAAUUCAUUGAAUUAUUAUGGGUAUUUUUCCAUUGGGAUAUAAGUUAAUUUUAUAUAAUUUUAAUACAUCAUAUAUAUUCCUAUAUAGGAAUAUACAUAAUAGAUAUAUAAGAAUGUUAAUCUUUUCAUAGCUUUGAAAG